GACGAAGUGAAGACUGAAGGAAAUACAGAGAGCAAGCACAACCAAAAGUAGUGGUUUAGUUAGUUAAGACUCACUCCGCCCCCCAAACACCCGCCAAAAAUGCUAGCAACAUCUUCCUCCAUUAAACCCCGCCCUCCUCCUCCUCCUCCUCCUCCUCCUCCUCAAAGUCCAUCGUCAACAACUCAAAACCCCAUCAAUUCAUUCCUACCCAUCAGCCGCCGCAGCCUCCUCGCCGCGCUCACGGUCUCCACCGCCGCCGCAACCCCAUUUGCACACAAUUUUCUCAGCCCCAUGUCAGCACAAGAAGCAGCCUUUGCUCGUGGCCUAUUCCAGAUGCCCCCAGUCAGGCUCACCAACCGGUAUUUUCUGGUGAGGGCAGGGGAGUCUGAGUACGAGAGCAUAGGAGUAAUCAACACGAAUCCGGUUGCAAAGACUUCUGUCGAUAACGGAUUGUCGGAGAAAGGGAAGAAGCAGGCAGUGAGGUCAGCUUUCGAUUUGAAGGAAAUGGGGGCUUGUGACAAGAACUGUUGGAUAUGGCCUUCUAUCACUCAGAGAGCUUACCAGGCCGCAGAGAUCAUUGCAGCCGUUAAUGGGGUCAGUCGAAGUUAUAUCGUCCCAGAGUAUAGCUUUCUCGACGCCCGUGGAUUGGGGGCUUAUGAAGGAAAGAACCUAGAAGCUGUUUCAGAAGUAUAUGCAUCAGACACUCUUUCUCCCGCAAUCAAGCCUCCCCCCAUUGAUGAUGGAACCCCAAACGAGAGCGUCUCAGAUGUAUUCGUUCGGGUGAUACAGCUCAUGUCCAUACUCGAGACUCAAUACUCCGAAGACACUGUGAUCAUUGUCUCACCAGAUUCAGACAAUUUGACUGUCCUGCAAGCUGGUAUAAUUGGACUUGACUUGCGCAGGCACAGGGAACUUUCUUUUGCACCAGGAGAAGUCAGAUUUGUUGAUACCAAUAGUGUACCUACUUACAAGCAACCUGCAUCAGCUGUGUAUAAAUGCCUAAAACCACCAAAUUGUAACUAACGUUAUUUCUUUUGAUAGACUGAACUUCAUCGGGCUUGCAAGAGGCUUGUAUCUCAUUUGGUUAAGUGUAUUCACUCCUGUGCAGUUGCACUGGAGGUCCUGAGUUUGAUUCUCCCUUCCCCAAUUUUGCUCACAUUAACAGAAGUAUUGCCCUAGGGUUGUGAUUCCAGACAAUUUAGUAAUAGAAAUCUAAUUAUGAUUGUCCU